AUGCCCUCGCACGCCCUCCUCGUCGCCGUGCGCGCGUUCGUUCGCGCGCGCGUUGACCAGCCGCCGCCGUUUCGAAGCCGAACGCUGAAACCGUCUUCUUUUCGUCGUCACGGCAUCGUGACGCACGCGUCGUCCACGAGUAGUAGCGAUGACGAUGGUUCAAAGGUUGCCGUGCUGGGGGGCGGCGCGGCGGGACUCACGGCGGCGUACUUCGCGGCAAAACAAGGCGCGCGGGUGGUGGUGUAUGAGCGCAACGGUGAGUGCGGAAAGAAAAUCUUAAUGUCGGGAGGAUCGCGGUGUAACGUGCUCCCGGUGAGCGCCACGGAGAAAGAUUUCGUGACAGAGAGCUCUGCUCGGGCGCUGAAGGCGCUGUUGAAGUCGUGGAGUGUGGAUAGAUGUCGAGCGUGGAUCGAGGAGGACGUCGGCGUCGCGCUCGGCCUGGAGGAGACGACGAACAAGUAUUUUCCGCUGAGCAACUCCUCAAAAGAGGUUCGGGAUCGAUUGGUGGAGGCGUGUGAAAAGGUUGGGGUGGAGUUUCGGUACGAGAGCUCGAUCGAUGGCGUGGUGAGAAGUGGUGACGGUGCAGGAUGGACGCUGCGCGUGCGCGGGCGCGGAGACGAGCGCGCGCGGGUGUUGGUUUUGGCGAUGGGCGGUUUAUCUUUUCCCGCUGUCGGUACCGAUGGUACCGGCUUCGUGAUCGCUAGGAGAGACCUCGGACAUUCACUGAACGAGCCCUAUCCUGCGUUGGUGCCGCUCACUGGGGCACAUCCGGGAGGCGAACCACUCCCGGGCCUCACCGCCCAGGUCGAACUCAAGAUUUCGGGCGCCGAGGGGAGUAAAAAAGCGGCCAAGGCGAAUCGAAAGGGAUUUUUGUUCACCCAUCGCGGCUUCAGCGGACCGAGCGUGUUGGAUAUGAGCCAUCAUCUCGUGCGACCGCUCGUGCGCUCAAAUUCCGCAAAGGGAGGAUCGACAAAGGAUGAAGAUUUUGACGAGGUGACGUCGUCUUCAUCGCCCAAGAUGGUUAUUAACUGGAGUGGAGUGAAGCGCGAGGAGUGGCAGGAGCGUUUGACGGCGCCUCCGGGUCGUGCGCUCGUCAUCAACAGAGUUCGUGACGCGCUGCCAAGUCGACUCGCCGACGCAUUGGUGGCUGAGUCGGGCGUCGAUUCGCGAUGUAAAAUCUGCGAGCUGAAAAAAGAUGAUCGCCUCAAGCUCCUUCAAGUCUUGACAGAGUAUGAAGUCUCGGUCAAGGGCCAUCAGGGUUAUCGUAAGGCCGAGGUCACCGGCGGUGGUGUCAUUUUGGAUGAGCUCAACACGGCGACGAUGGAGUCUCUCAAGGCGCCGGGAGUGUUCUUGUGCGGAGAGGUGUGCGAUGUCUUCGGAAGAAUCGGCGGAUUCAAUUUUGUUUACGCUUGGUUUUCAGGUAGACUCGCGGGGCAGAGUGCGGGGAAACUCGCGGCGGAGUAG